AUGGCCGUCGCACGCGCAAUUGCAUUACAUAUUGCGGCGGUCUGUAAGACGGAUCGGACUGAUGCCAAGAAAAUCAAGCAGAAGAUUGGCAUUUGGGAGCAAAAGUACAAGGCGGCGAGCGACUGGCUGGACAACACCGGCGCGGGUAUUGAGCCGGAUCUCAACCGUGCAGCAAGGCUACAGUCGAACAAAAAUCAAAGGAUUAACGGGCGAACCACAGACUACAUCAUUAAGCUGUUCCCCUACUUUUACGACCUGGAUCCGGUGUUCAGCCUUCGGCCAUCUAUGCUGCCGCCUAGUAUGCACGAAACCGCAGUGGCUUCGACAAGUGCCCAAGAUCUUAUGUUUCCUGGACGUGCAGGGGAGGUCAAUGACAUCGACAACAGUGUUGACGCAGAACCACAACAACCGGCGCCAAUAGCAUCGUCUAGCGCAGUGACCUCAAACAAGCAGCCAGUAAGCCCGGAUGAAGAUCACCGUAGUUAUGCAGACAGACGGAUGGAUGGUGAUGCCAGCUCGGAAUCAGACACGGAAAUUACUGCCCGCGAUAUUAAAGAAAUUAAUGGGGCGGAGAGAAAAACCAUGAGAAAGCCGCCAUCGGCCAAGACCACGAUGUCGUUUUCGGAAACGCUUAUGCGAUUGGAACAAGGCAGAGGAUCUCGGUUGGAGAAGACAGAGGAGGCCGCCAACCUGCGCGCCGCGGAGAAAGCGAAAUUAGAGCGGGACAAACUGGAACUGCAGAAAAAACAGUUGGAAGGAGAAAUAGAAGAACGAAAAAUCCGCCUGGUCGAAGCCGAAAACAGACGUAUGGAGCUGCGGCUUAGAAUGAGAGAAGCCGGUUUAGAGUAGUACGAUUCAUUUUUGUUGUCCUAAUUAAUUACGUUAGCAGCGCAAAAUCAUUUUCCGUUUUUAAUUCCAGUUUUAAUACUUCGCAGUGUAAUACACAUUCAAUUAUUCUGCCAUACUAGUUAAUACAGCGUUUUUCAUUCGUUCUCUUUUUUGUGUUCCUUCUUCUGUUUCUGGAAUUGCUUCAUGGGCCUCGUUCCCGUUUUCUUCUGACGCUUGU